AUGGCCGCUGCCGCAGCGCGACUUCUUAACGUUGUGUACCGCUUGUCGGUACCGGCGGCUGCUGGUGCAUUCCUCGUCAGCCAGUCACUCUACGACGUCAAGGGUGGUACUCGAGCUGUUAUUUUCGACAGAUUGGCAGGUGUGAAGGAGGAGGUGAAGAACGAGGGCACACAUUUCCUGAUUCCCUGGCUACAGAAGAGCAUCAUCUUUGAUGUCCGCACCAAGCCCAGAAGCAUCUCCACAACUACCGGAAGCAAGGACUUGCAGAUGGUCAGCCUAACUCUGAGAGUAUUGCACCGACCCAACGUCAAGGCUCUGCCAAAGAUUUACCAGAACCUCGGUGCCGACUACGAUGAGCGUGUGCUCCCCUCCAUCGGAAACGAAGUCCUCAAGUCCAUCGUGGCCCAGUUCGAUGCCGCCGAACUCAUCACCCAGCGUGAAGCUGUUUCUCAGCGCAUUCGCAACGACUUGACCCUCCGCGCAUCCGAAUUCAACAUCGCCCUCGAGGAUGUUUCCAUUACCCACAUGACUUUCGGUCGCGAGUUCACCAAGGCCGUCGAGCAGAAGCAAAUCGCCCAGCAGGACGCCGAGCGAGCCCGAUUCAUUGUCGAGCGCGCCGAGCAGGAGCGCCAGGCCAACGUCAUCCGCGCCGAGGGCGAAGCCGAGAGUGCCGAAACUAUCAGCAAGGCCAUCUCUAAGUCCGGCGACGGCCUCAUCCAGAUCCGAAAGAUCGAGGCGAGCAGGGAAAUUGCCCAGACACUGGCUUCAAACCCUAAUGUGGCAUAUCUCCCCAGCGGCGGCAACGGAAAGGGUGGACAGUAUCUCCUGUCCGUGGGCAAGGCUUAA